CGCUCCUUCAGCCCGUCGCCGGAGCGGGGACGGGUCCCAGGGCCCGACCGGCGCCCUGUUGCCUCCUCCUCCUCCUCCUCUUUCUCCGGGUGGUUUGGAGCCAGUACGGAGCCGGUGUUUUGGAAAAGCUCCGCCAACCUGAGGGGGGAAUACCACUGAGGUGUUGUCCUGAAGAAUUACACCUUGGUAGGCAACGCUGUCUAGUAUUCAGAUUACAUGAUGGAAUGCACAUUUUCUCAAGAAAAGCUGCAUAUCUUGGAUCAGUACCGCUGAAGAUAUCUUCUGAUUGCAACACCCGAAGCAGGGUCCUGUAACAAAUUUGUCAAAAGAACACAUACAAUGGAUCUCAAAGAAAGCUGCCCAAGUGUUAGCAUUCCCAGCUCUGAUGAACACAGAGAGAAGAAAAAGAGAUUUACUGUUUACAAAGUGUUGGUCUCUGUUGGCAGAAAUGAAUGGUUUGUCUUCAGACGGUAUGCAGAGUUUGAUAAACUCUACAAUACGCUAAAGAAGCAAUUUCCCACCAUGAACCUGAAGAUUCCAGCUAAAAGAAUAUUUGGAGAUAAUUUUGAUCCUGAUUUUAUUAAACAGAGAAGAGCAGGACUGAAUGAAUUCAUUCAAAAUUUAGUUAGACAGCCAGAGCUAUGCAACCACCCAGAUGUCAGAGCAUUUCUUCAGAUGGAUAACCCAAAACACCAGUCGUAUCCAUCUGAAGAUGAAGAUGAAAGGAGCAGUCGGAAGUUAAACUCUACCUCACAGAAUAUCAACUUGGGACCAUCUGGAAAUCCUCAUGCUAAGCCAACAGACUUUGAUUUCCUGAAAGUUAUUGGGAAAGGCAGCUUUGGCAAGGUUCUUCUUGCAAAACGAAAACUGGAUGGGAAAUACUAUGCUGUCAAAGUGCUGCAGAAAAAAAUUGUUCUUAAUAGGAAAGAGCAAAAACAUAUUAUGGCUGAACGUAAUGUGCUUUUGAAAAAUGUGAAACAUCCAUUUUUGGUUGGAUUACAUUACUCAUUCCAAACAACGGAAAAGCUUUACUUUGUCCUGGAUUUUGUUAAUGGAGGAGAGCUGUUCUUUCACUUACAAAGAGAACGUUCCUUUCCUGAGCACAGAGCCAGAUUUUAUGCUGCUGAAAUAGCCAGUGCACUGGGCUACUUACACUCCAUAAAUAUAGUAUACAGGGAUUUAAAACCAGAAAACAUUCUCCUUGAUUCACUAGGUCAUGUUGUGUUGACAGACUUUGGACUUUGUAAAGAAGGAAUUGCAAGUUCUGAUACCACUGCAACAUUUUGUGGGACACCAGAGUAUCUUGCGCCAGAAGUCAUUAAAAAGCAGCCCUAUGACAACACAGUAGACUGGUGGUGCCUUGGUGCGGUUCUUUAUGAAAUGCUUUAUGGGCUGCCUCCUUUUUACUGCCGUGAUGUUGCUGAGAUGUAUGAGAACAUUCUUCAUAAACCUCUAGUUUUGCGCCCAGGAAUUAGUCUUACAGCCUGGUCUAUUCUGGAAGAACUUUUGGAGAAAGAUCGGCAAAGCAGACUUGGAGCAAGGGAAGAUUUUCUUGAAAUUCAAAAGCACCCGUUCUUUGAAUCUCUCAGCUGGACUGAUCUUCUCCAGAAGAAAAUUCCACCACCAUUUAAUCCUAAUGUGGUUGGACCAGAUGAUAUUGGGAAUUUUGAUGCAGUGUUUACAGAAGAAAUGGUCCCAUACUCAGUUUGCGUUUCUUCUGAUUACAACAUUGUUAAUGCCAGUGUCCUAGAGGCGGAUGAUGCAUUUGUUGGAUUUUCUUAUGCACCACCUUCUGAAGAUAUGUUUUCCUAGGAAGUUAAAAGCCAACAGUGUUUUUGAAGUGUUGGGGUGAACUGAAAUGUUAGGGUCAUGGACACAUUCCAAAAUAGCGUAACUAGUGCCUCGUUUUGUCUGUAGGUUUGAAACCUAUGAACAAACUUUCUCUGCUGUAUAGGAGGAACUUGGGCAUUUUGGAUGGCUUUCUUUGGGGUUUGAACUGUUUGUUCCUGCUGCAGAAAAUAUUUUUUAAAACCUUUAAAAAGUGUUCUCUACAUAUUUUUAAAGCAAAAACACUGACUGUUCUCUUCAAUCCCUUCAAGUUUACAUUCAUACCUAUCUAAGAUUUGGCUGGGACAAACAGCAGCAAAUUUAGUAAAUUUAUAAAUGCUUUUGUACCUAUUUACAGUGACUUUGUGCUUGAAUUGUAACUAUGCAAAUUGUCUUUUGUAUAUCCUGGUUUAAAGAAGAUAAAUGUUUUCCCUGUUAUAUCAGUUUGAAAUACAUGUUAAUUUACCUGUCAGCACUUAAAUGAGGGGCUAAUAUAAGUUAAGACCAAGAUUCUUAAAGGACUUCUACAGAAUGAAAAGUUGGUCAUGUAAAACUGGAUUGUUGCUCUUGCGCUUGCUGAAGUACCCAUUCACUCAACUGGAUUAUCUGAGGUAUCGGGGAUUACUCAAAGCAAGGAUGGAACAAAUUAACUGGAUUGAUUUGAUAACAUUACUGAUCGUGUGUUCCGCUUUUCUUUCCUCCCCGAGAUAAACACGUCUAUAUUUCAAUUACAUUAAAAUAUUUUUGGUUAAAACUCUGCUUUUCCAAAGAUAUAAUAUGCAAUAAUAACUGUUAUUUUGAAAGGCUAUCUUACUUUGACCUUUUGGGGGUGGAUGGUGAGGGGAUCAUGCCAAAUAUUAGGGAUUUUUCUCACGGAUUUAUAGUUUGAAACACUAAUGUUCCAAAUAGAUUGUAUUUCAACAUUCAUAGCUACUUGUCUUUGUGUUUCAGUUUGCACCAUUUUUAAAUCUUCACUUGAUAUUAGGGGGAAAAAAUGUAAAUUACGCUGAUAACUUUAAAAAUGUGAAAAGCUAUUGUAUUUCUCAUAACAUACACGUGUAUGGACAAACAGAUAAUACUGAACAAUUUCUGUUUAAGGAAAUUUUUUUAAACAAUGCAAAAAUUGACUGGAGUUACAGUGUAUAAAGGCUUGUCACGGUAGUGGUUUUAUUAUAUAUAUUACUUGUAAAUAACAACUUAUUUUUGUCUGUUACUUCAAAAAUGUUCCAUGUUUUUUGUUCAAAAAUACAUUCAGUUAAAUGCCUUUGAUUUGAGAGAAGUCUGAUAAGACACUGAUGAGUAGCCAGAGUCACAUUAGAUAAAUUUCAAUAUUUAAAUCCUCAGAUUUUUGACAAAAUAAGAACUAGCUAAGAGAAAUACUGUCUAUAUUGCAUCAAGAUCAGUUAAAAAUUGAGAAUACCGGGGAGAAGAAUAUAUCAAAUCAUAAUUAUUUUGAAAUUAGUGUUGUGUCAACAGUGAAACAUUAGACAAGUGGAAAAUAAAACUGGAUUCCUUGCUUACCUCACGCAGUAUCUCCUACAGCACCAUCUCCUGCGUAGUGCUUAAAUGAUGCUGAGCAGUUGCUACGUGAGGUGUUGGAAGGAAUGGCUGGGUAAAAGAAGUAAGAAUUGACGUUGGCAUGGAAGGGAAGAAAGAACCGUGUCAUUUGUGGGAGCGGAGUGGUGGCUUGGGGCUUAUUUUCCAUAGUACUCUCUGUGAAGUUUUGAGAGGUUCAGAAAUGGCUAUGCAGCUUUCGGCACAACCAACAACUACAUGAAUCCUGUUCUUGCAGCUGUAAUCAUUUGGAAGCAACAGCCUUGCCCUUUUUUUAUUUUGUUUUUAUUUUUAAACAUACGUCUUUGGACUGGAAAGCAGACAUUGAAUGUUAGAAAGGAAGUAUCCAUUCUCAUAUUGAAUUUUUACUCUCUAUACUCAUGAAAUGAUGCGGACUACUGUAACUACCUUCUCUUUAUGGUAAGGAAGCACCUUCUGUAGCUGCUUUCUGCUUCUCCCAGCAAAGAAGUACAGUACUGUAGGGAGAUGGGAAGGAGAGGGCGUGCUUCAGAAGUUGUUGCUGUGGGAGCUAGCACCCCUCUUAGUUUCUUUGU